AUUCUGUCUCCCUGUCUCUCUCUCUCUCAAAAAUAAAUACAUAAGCAUUAACAGACCAAAUUUACCGGUUUACCAAAAAACUCCAUUGUUGUCUUUAACUGCGGAGUUUAUAGCAAAUUGCUGUGGCUGCAUUGGCACAACCCUUGGGCUGGGCAGAGCCAGUUCUCCAGGGUUAAGGGCCUUCAGAUCCCCUCGUCUGCCAGCCUCCAGUCUCUCCUCACUCUGGGACGGACAGCCUGGGGAGACUCCGUUCCCCCAGCACACGGCCUUGUCCACCCACUGGAUGCAACAGGGCACCGAGGCAGAUGCAAACGGAGCUCCAGAUGCUAAUGUGAAGACUCAAAUGCACACGGGUCAGCAUUAUUACUGAAUGUUUAAAAGGCCGCUCAAUCCAUUGCUGGGCUGAUGGCCACAGCAACCGGGCUGCCCCACGCAGCACCCGCCACACCCCGGAACCAACGAUGACACUGAGAAAGGGAACAAAGAGUGACCCUUCUUGAAAGAGGCCCACGGAAAGCAACUGAGCCCAUUCUGGACUUCAGAUGGAAAUGCAAAAGGAGAUGGUUGGGACUAAAGGAGUCACAAUCCAGGAGAAAACGGAUGUGACUGAAAGUUCCAGGUGCCAGAAGACGGACACAGAAGACAGCAGCAAUGUGAAUGAACUAGCUCUGGAGAUAGUUAAGCGUGCCAUUGCUGCUGCUAUCAAGUUUGUGGAAGAAACUAAAAACCCCAUCAAGAACAUCCAGUGGCUCACCCAUGGUGAAUUCACAGCAGAGAAAGGCCAUAGACAAAUUGAGAAGUUUAUUUUGACUUGGGAGUAUCAAGAACGCUGGGUGUACCACACACAGUUCAUAGAGAGGAAAGACGUGGUUCACAGCUACUACUACCUCUACUGUGUACGCUGGAGCAACCGGAUCACUAUGAGAGCCAUGCUACAAGUCCCCGCCUCUGUCUACUUCACCAUCAAGAUCACCAAAAACAAACUUCCAGAUAUGCCCAUUGAGGUCUCUUAUGUCUUUGAGGGCCAUUCGUUUGUUCACAGACCAGGAAUGACUCGCUUUCGAGAAAAAUGGCUGAGGGACAUUACUGAGGCCAGAAGUAUUUUAAUGGAGUCAAUUGCCUUCUAAUUCAAUGGUG